AUUACGCCAUUUAUCCUUAAACCUGCAAAUGUAAGAUUCAUUGGAAGGAAGAAUGGCUGGCUUACACGAAUGGCUUAUAGUGAACUGGCUUCAGACAAAAUAUUCCUUUUCUUUUCUCUUUCUGUGGCUCUUUCUUUUUUUUAUUAGUCUGAUCUAACCGUGAAUGUGGAGACUAAUUGUGGUUAAAUCAAGAGUAAACAUUUGAAUUAGUGAACUUUUAAUUAUUAUUGGUUGUAUUUAAAAGACAUUAUCCAAUCAAAGUGACCAUAUAAUGAGCUCCGGUUCUUUAAUGAAAACGUCUUAUUACCCUGGAGUGGAAGCAAUUUCACCAGCAUUACCUAGUGAAGAAUCUCAACCAGAUUACAGUUCAACAUUUAGGACGUCUAAAGAUGAAUUAUUACAAAAUAUUGAUAAAAUUGAUCGUGAGAUAUCACAAACAGAGACUCAAAUUUCCGAGUUAAAAGAGAGAAAGAAGCAGCUCGAGUUGAAAGCUGUAUCCAGGGAUUCGGUCAAAGAUGUUCGUGAAAAUGUGGAUAAUUCAUCUGAGACUCGGCAGCUAAGCAUUGCUCAACACAUAUAUUCCGAGAAUAGGAAGAAAGCUCGAGAAUCACAUGCAACUUUGUAUAAACUUGGUCCAAAAUUUGAUCUGCCUCUUUAUAAUCAACCCUCCGAUUCACCAGUUUAUCACAAAAACAUAGAAAAAUUCAAAACUUUCAAACCAAGAUUGAUUAAAUAUUUCAAGAGACGCCAUGAAGAAAGAAAAGCAAGGGAGAAAUAUCUUCUGGAAACAUAUGAUAGAUUAAUGUCCGAAUGGCUUAAAAAGCUUGAGAAAAGUGAAUGUAAUCCAAGUAAAAAAGCCAAAGAUAACAAGACUAGAGAAUUUUUCGAAAAACAAUUCCCAGAAUUGCGAAAACAAAGAGAAGAUCGUGAAAGACUGUCAAGAGCCGGACAAAGAAUAAGGAGCGAUGCUGACUUGGAAGAGAUAAUGGAUGGUCUUCAAGAACAGGAAUUAGAAGAUCGUAAAAUGAGAAGUUGCGCAGUGAUUCCACCAAUAAUACAAGAUGAUAAAACUAGGAGAUAUAAAUUUAUUAAUUCAAAUGGUUUAGUUGAAAACCCUGUAGAAGAGUAUAAAGAAUUACAGUUAAUUAAUGUUUGGCUGGAUCAUGAGAAGGAAAUAUUCAGAGAAAAAUUCCUGCAACACCCGAAAAAUUUUGGUCUGAUUGCGAGUUAUUUAGAGAGAAAAACAGUACCAGAUUGCGUCCAUUAUUAUUAUCUCUCCAAAAAAAGAGAAAAUUAUAAGCAACUAUUGAGAAAACAAGUUAAGAAGAGAACAAGAGCGCUUGUUAAACAACAACAGCAACAACAAGCCCAACAGCAAGCUCAACAGGCAUCUCAACAACAAUCAGAUGCUAAAGGGCAAGCCGAUGAAUCUUCUCAAGCUGCAUCCGGGACAGAAGCUAAUAGUGAAUCUUCUCAGAAUGUCGUAGUUCAGAACGAUGUUGAUUCUAAUUAUUCAUUAACUUCUAAAGGUGAAUCUAAGGAUUUAUCUAACUCUGGGAAUCAGCCCGAUAACUCUUCUGCCGUUUCUUUGCCUUUACCCGGUGUUACCUCCAGUAGUGGAACUAAAGGGCUCAAUGACUGCAAUGGAAAAAGAGAUCUUAGUAACAAAAGACAUCAAGGCAAUGCUGAUGAUAUUAGUGACAAUGAGGAGAACAAGUGUGAUGGACUAGUUAUUAAAUGCUGUGUUUGUGAAGAUGUUAUACCUCCUAAUAGCAAAUGUUCAUCUAUAACUAAGUCAAAUUAUCACCUUUAUGGUAUUAAUUUAGACGAGAUUAAAGGAGAAUUAAAAGUCUGCCUGAAUUGUCGUUUCAAGCAUGUACGGAAAGAGUGUCCUAUUCAAUCAUGUAAAACUGCAAAGCGAAAGGUUAAGCGUUUAAAACUUCUACCGCAACAAUGGUUUGAUCUGCCGAAUGAUUUAAAACAAUCUAUUGCCAAAGAAAUGAACAUUCCGCCUGAUAUACGUAAAUGUUGUACUCGCUGUGUAAUACGCAUUUCUAGAAGAAUUGGAGCCAUCUCGCCCUUAUUAACUUAUACUCGGAAAUCUUUCACUAAUGAAUAUCAUGAUUGGAAGGACGAAGAGAUAAAUAAACUAAAAGAUGGACUUUCUACGAAGGGUAAAAACUGGGGCGAAAUAUCUACUAUUGUGGGAUCAAAGGAUGCUGAUCAGUGCAAAGAAUUUUAUUUCAAUUACAAGUACAAAUUAAAUUUGAACCAAUCUAUUGAUAGCUACUGGAGUAAAAUCGGCGAUUCAAAGCCUCAAGCGAGUGACUCAGAGGAUUAUUGGAAAGAUAAUAGUGAAGAUGAUAGUGAGGCAACAUCAAGUGCUGAUGAAGGAGUAGAAAAAUCAAACAAUGAUACAAUUAACACAUCUAGCCCGCCAACCAAGAUCUCAUCUGGUGAAACUGUACCAACAACAACUACUACAAAUACCUGUAAUCAAUACAAUGCUGCAGUAACUACUUCACAGACGAUUCCUGUAACAAGUGAAAGUGUGACGAUAACAACAAAACCGAGAAAUUCUUCUUCAACUAGUGGAGAUGGAAGUGAUUUGAGUAGCUUCCCUGAAAACAAAUUAGGUGACCUCAGAGCGAUAAGUACUUCACAAGGUAGUCUUAAGAGUGAUUAUGAUAGUAGUGCUACGGUCAGUGCAGAUGAAGGACGAGGUAAUGGCGAUGAUGACAUGAGAAGCUCUCCACCUUCGUCCAAAUUACCACAAAGAGCAAACUCGGUUAUGCCUGCCUUUCCUUCAUCAAAUCAUGUCAUCCUUCCUAGUACUGAUCGAGCUGUGAGACCAGCUAGUCAUGAUCCAGCUUUUACACUGGAACCCGCUUUAUCUCACUCUAGCCGACCUAUGGAAGGACUUGUUGCACAACAACGUUAUCGUGCACCUCCAUUUCUUAUUCAUCAUGAUGCUAACUCCAUAAGACCUCCAACAUCUAACCCUAUACCUUUGCUUAAAAUUAAAACUGAAAAUGUACUCGGACCACCACCUGCAAGUUUCCCAGAAGAAAAGCCCCGCUUUGUUAGUGAUAUAAUUCAUCGGGUCAUUGAAACUAGUUUUCGUUCACCCAUGUCUUCGGGUAAACCAUUGACUUUGCCACUCGUACCAGAAGCUAACCACUCUCUUACUGGAUCUUACAACUCCAGUGGUCCAAGUGGCCAAGGCAUGCCACCUCAAUCUGGCAGAGAAAGCCAUCCAAUGUUAAUAAAUAAUUCACCUGUUCCAAUUUAUCCUCCUGAAAUUAAAAAAGAAAUACCUUCCGAGCCUUGCAAGUUUGGUGCUAACAUCAAACCAUCAACAUCAAAUGAGAUUCGUGUUCCUCGAUUUAAUCCUCAUCCAUACAUUAAACCCGAAGGACUUGCUAUGAUGGCAUCGUAUCCACCUACAUAUCCUACAAGCGUUGUGUUCCAACAUCCCCCUUCAAGUGAUCACGACAAUGAGAUUCAAGAUCUCAGUAAGAAGACGCGCAAAUUAGAAGAGCCUUACUCUCAAAGCAAUCUACCUCCUCCUAAAAGAGAAAGAUUUGACUCUCCUCCCAAUAUACGCGGAAAUGAGUUUAAAAAUUCUCCUGUGCCUCAUGAUCACAUGACUCCAACUCCUCCACCCGCUCAUUCCAAUCAAUUAAAGAGGACGCCUAUUCCUGACUUACCUGUUUCUAAUUUAUCAUCUUCUGAAAACGUACCCAUGAGUAACAGACCUAUUGAAUCAUCUAGGGCAGAAGAAAGUGGUUUCAUGUUUAGCGACAGACCCGGUUUCAGCUCUAUGAUGGUUUAUGGACCAAGUGGCUCACCUUUACUUAGACCUGCAAUAAGAACGCCAACUAACAAACCUCCUCUCUCUUCUGCAUCUCCUGUGAUUCAUACUCCUCCUCCUCCUUUGAUUGCAUCCAGCAAAAGUUAUCCAAUGUCAAGUGGAGUGCAAUUAUCCCCUCAGCCUUCCUACCGAGAUAAAGUUAUCCCGCCGCAAAUGGUCUCUGCUUCGGGCUCAAUCACUCAAGGAACGCCGAUUAUCAUGGCUCAGCAUGGGCAAAUGCAUUCAAAUCAAUAUAACCAGAAUCGUUACGAAGGGUUGUUCCGACAACUUACACCUACUUAUCCAAAAGACUCUGGUUCUAUAACUUUAGGUACACCGGUUCCUCAAGAUAACUCUAAACGUAAGAAUGAGCUUCCUAUGCGACAUGAUGGUCUAGGUAAACCAUAUGGACCUGGUGUUUAUGACACUGGUCCUAUGGAUCCUUAUUAUCGACGGAUGCCAGGGUCAAACAUGCCUUAUCAACCUCAAAAUCAGCCACAAUACCAUGGGUCACCUAUUAAUUUUCCUCCUAAUGAGGGGCACAUGAAACCUAAAUUCCAAGUUGAAUCUCAAUCAAGUAUCAAUCAAAUUAUGAUUGAUUUUAAUACAUCAAAACAAAUGCAACCUCGUCAAAAUCCAUCAGCUGAUGUUAAAGAGCCACAUUCCAUAUCUUCAUUGUUAAUGAGAUCAGCAGACUCAAAUCCUCAUAUGUCCCCACAAGGGAGAGUACCUUCAUCAAUGUAUCCCUUCGCUCCUCCGGCCAAUAUCGCUAAUAUUGUUGCUGCCAGUGGAGUGCCAUCUCAAGUUAUUAUGGGAAAUAACGAUCCCAGAUAUCCCAAUCCUUCAUCUGUGGCACCUCGAUUGAUGCACUCCAAUCCUUCUAGAUCAAGUCCAACACCAGAGCAUUGGAUUUCUAAAGCAGGUCCAACGCCUGGUUACCCUAUUGUGACGAUGGCAAAACGUCAAAAUGUAAUUCAACAGUACAAUGCUCCUGGUUGCAAACAAUCGGUUAUUCAAAGUGUAAAAUCUAACUCACCGCGUGAUGUCGGAAUGAGACAAGAACCGUGGCCGUCACCGAGAUUCAUGAGUUCAUCACCAGGUUAUUCCACAUCACAUGACGCUUUUCAAACACUUGUUGAUGCUGCAGUGGCGCAAAAAAGUCUUGCGAUACCACCCACAAGAGAAGAUCAACAGCGCAUGGGAAUAAUGAAUUUAGCUAGAAGUGUACGUCAAUCUAAGUCACCCUCGAAUGAGAGACAAUCCAAUGAUUCUAUCGAAAAAACUUUACAUGAUAUGCAUCAAAGAUCAAGACCUAUUCAAGAUAUGGGCAAUUUGAGGUUUGGAAUGGAUGAUAGACUGAGAUUACUUGAAGCAGAUAAACGAUGUUUAAUGCCUAGCAACGAUCCUCAACAACAACCAGGUAGAAGUAGUGUUAACCGUUCCGAAGAAGAUAAAUCUAUGGAUAAUAAAUACUUACCUUGUUCAUCCGAGUCUUUAAGUCCCCAGACUAGUCAUAGACUCCCUUUCACGAAAGAGUCGUUCGAGAAAGAGUUGAGACACCAGGACUCAAGAUUACAAGAUUCCUAUGGACGUAAAUCUGCAGAGUCAGCGGAGUUGCAGAAUAAUCAAUCUAAAAAUCUUUCUAGAGCUCAAUUAGUUGAAUUAGGGGAUAUCGAGGCUUCAAGAAUAUUUUCCCAGUCUUUCCAAAAAGAUGAAAAUCCUCGAAACCAUUCUAAAGGAGAGAUUACCGCAGCUAAUAUAAUCGAUGCUAUUAUUACCCAUCAAAUUAAUCAAUCGGGUGAAGAAGGACCUGGAAAGGAAUCUCAACAAUCGCCUAAUUCAGCAGAGAAUAAGACAAGUGAAGUGAGACCGGCCGUUUCAACAUCGGCAAAUGAAAAUGCUGUUAGUUAUUCAAUGAAUGAACAAAAUAAGCAACAAGAGAGAGAAGAAAACCUUUCUAAAUCUUUUGAUAAUCGAACCAGUUUCGAUCAGAAUCAACAACAGCCUCAACAAAUGCCUAUUAAUCAAAUUGAAAAAGACGAUCCAACAUCCAACCAAAACUUUAGGGAUCAUAUUGCGACAAUAAUUUCUAAAAGCUUUUCAAACAAUUCAAAAGUCACACCAAUUGCUCAACCAGUUACAAUCAUACCUUGCUCACAAGAAAAUAAUCCUUCCCAAGUACAACCUCUUCUUCAAAUUCCUGUUAGCUCUUUAAUUCAAACAUCAAAUAGAACAACUGUCUCAAUUUCAAGACCCAACUCUAGACCUGGUGACUCAACUAAUACCUGUGUAUCAUCUGAGGCAACAUCACAUUCGGAGAAUCCUCAUUCAGAUUGGAAAUUAAGGAAAGCUUUGCAGCAACAAACAAAGAUUGAUAAUGAAAAUGCUCAAACUUCGCUUAGUAGUAGCAGCAAUAAUUUGACCCCAACUACAACCACUGCAGCUACAACGACCAACAGUUCGAGUAGUAAUAUCGAUGAAAAUCAAUCCAAAGAAACACCACGUGCCGAAAGUCCUUACCGUUCUGCUAACUGGAUGAGUAAUUACAAUUUUGAACCGAUUUCACCUCCAAGUCCGGCGGCAAGUGAUGACAAUGAUGAUAAAUGAUUUGAUGAAUUUUAUUUUUUAGAGAAAGACGAACAGCCUGUUGUUUUACUUAUCUUAAGCAAACACAAGCAUGGAAUUAUGAUGAAUUUAAAGGUUUUGAAUCGCAAAAUCUAAUUGUUUAUGUUACAGCAAUUAUUGAUUAUGAUGUCAGAUUGACUUCAAAUGUGAAAUUCAGAAAUAAAUAAUAGGCUAAAGUGAAUUGUAAUGUAAAUUUCAUGCCUUGACAACAAGAGUUGACUCGAUUUUUCAUUGUUUUCUUGUUAUAAUAAGUGUAUUUAUUACUUUCAAAUUACAAUUUUUGGCAAGAUCAUAACAAAAUUAGUCCGAUGUUUAAUUAUUGUGAUGAUUGGAAACUUGUUUCAUUUGGACAAAGCAUACCAUUGGCUGUUUGGCAGCAAAUUUAACUCAACCUCAUUUUUGCAAAUAAACAUAAUCCUUUCAAAAAAUCCUAUUAA